CCCUAGCUACGUUCUGUAGUGUAUCGAAUGGGGAAAGCUUGGGCACAGUCAUGCUCAAUAUUAGCUAUGGCCAUAAAACCAGGAAACUGUUCGAAUCAAUUAUCAAUUUACCACUAUAAAGAGUGCAAAGCUCUCUGGCGUACGAUUUCUUCACAGACGACCCGUCUAGGCGAAUAAUAGACAUGGUCAAAACCAAGCUGCUGUCGCUGCUCUUGCUGCUGAUUGCACUCCCGCAAAGAAUGGAGGCGAAUGAUACCAACGAAGUGACAACAACAAUGAAGAACUUAGAUAAUUCAACCGAGGCAGCACCAACUGCUUCAAGCAAUACAGAGACAACUGUGAAGGACAUAGCUAAUUCAACCGAGGCAGCACCAACUGCUUCAAAACAUCCAGAGACAACUGAGACGAACAUGGGGAACGUAACCGGGGGAUCAUCAACCGUUGCAAAAAUACCACAGACAACGAUGAAGGGAACAUCCAAGGGAUCACCAGCCGUCACAAAAAUUCCACCCCACCUAGGGGUCACAAGCGACCCUAACCAGACUUCCACGGAUUUAAUUGAUUUGAUCACAUACCAAGCCCCCGAGGAGGCGCACCUGGAGAAUGGCGGCCACCAAAUUUCAUUACCGGGUAAGAAUAAGAAUCAGGGCAUCCGGCAUGUACACGCCCACGAUGGCUUCCACAAUAUAAAGCGCGAGCCUCUUUGGGCUCACUGGAACGAUGUUUUCGAGAGUAAGAAGGCAACGGCGCAAAAUACAUAAAUACUUACAAUUCAACUUCAAUAAAGACACCCUGUAUAAGUCACCAGCAGCGUGCAGUU